AUGAAGACAACAAGUGUCUUUCUCCUGACUGCCUUGGCCCUGUUCAGUUUAUCUGGUAACACUAGAACUAACUGCCUGGAAAGAGAGGCUAAUUGUAUCAAAGAUGUUAGUAGAUGCACCAAAAUCUAUAACCCUGUAUGUGGAACUGAUGGAAAUACUUAUCCCAAUGAAUGUGUUCUAUGUCAGGAAAAUAAGUGA